GGAGCAGAAGAGUUUCUGGGCGAUCGAAUCGCCGAACCUCAAAUUGCUUGGAAUUGGAUUGAACAGACUGCCCGAGUGUUGAGAGAUCUGAACGUACCGCUUAACGACCACCCGAGACUCGCAUCACAAUUACUUCGUGGGGAAGCCUACGAAUGGUGGAAACGCACCGAUGAAAGUAACGAAACCCCGAAGCCAUGGACGUGGGAGUUCUUCGAUUGGGCAUUCAAGAAAGAGUAUAUCCCAGCACGUUUCCGUGAAGCGAAACGUACCGAAUUUGUUGAGUUGCAAGAAGGGGAGAUGAUGCUUCCCGAAUAUCGCCAAAAGUUUGUCAGUCUUGCCAAAUUUGCACCAACGUUGGUAAGCACCACAACUGACCGUAUUGUAGAGUUCAGAUCAAAACUCCGACCUGAUCUCAGGGCUCAAGUAUCUGUCAUACCAACGGUAGACUUCACGGAAGCCUAUGAUCUGAUUGCUAAAGCAGACAAGGAUCUGAAUUCUUGUAAGGAGUACUUGAAGAAAGAAGGUGCUAGCACAAGUGAACGUCGACCUACAAAUUCUGUCUCGAGUGGAAAAAGACCAUUUCAAGGACCCAGCAGCUCACACUUCUCCAAGAAGGGGAAAUCUGUACAAACCCAAUCAGUGGCAUCUGGAAACAGGUCAAAGGGAUGGAAAAACCCAGCGUGUAAAAUGUGUGGGAGACACCAUCCUGAGGAAUGUUGGCUUGCUCAAGGACUAUGUCUCGGUUGUGGAAAGCCGGGGCAUUUCCGAAAGAACUGUCCCACAAAUCCUGGAGAGCCAUUUCCACCUGCUCCUGUCGCCAGUCACGCAGCAUCGGCACGUCCCGCUCCAAGUCAACGCUCUACAGCAGGAUCUAAUCCUGCUAAAAAUCAAAAUCAACAGCAAGGACGAGCGCCUGCCCGCACCUAUGCAAUGAAAGGACGUACUGAAGAGAACCCUGAUGUCAUCCAGGGUAUGUUCUCAUUAUUCGAUACAACCAUGCAUGUGUUGAUAGAUCCUGGAUCAACAUUAUCUUACAUCUGUGUACCUAUGCCUGACAAAGCUGACAUAUUGAAAGAAAACUUAGAACACCCUAUACUAGUAUCUAACCCACUAGGACAUAGUAUGAGGUUACAUCAUGUAUACCAAGAUUGUCCGCUGAUUGUCGAAGGACAACAACUCCUUGCAAAUCUUGUUGAAUUACCGUACAAGGAAUUCGAUGUCAUCCUUGGUAUGGAUUGCCUUACUGAACAUCAAGCUGUUAUCGAUUGCCGACAACGGGUGAUACAACUGAAAAACAAUGAUGGAAAGACCAUUGAAGUGAAAGAAAAGCUGACACCCAAACCUACUGAAUUCAUCUCGUAUAUACAUGCUAGGCGCCUCAUCCGCAAGAAAUGUGAAGCCUAUUUAUGUAAU